GUGGUGUUGUGUACAAACAUUCCCUUACAUGUGAUCGUGUUUUGACAGCUGUACGUAUUUUAUAGAAGUUUAAGCUAUGGCGCUAAGAAACUGCUCAAUGUGAUUAAUGAAUACUUGCAAGAAUGAUUUAUUAAAGUCCUUUCAUGUGGAAUAUAUCCGAAACACUAUAACUAGUAUCAUGGCAGACUCUUUCAUGGUAUCCCAAACGUUUAACGAUGAAUCGCGACUGCAGUGGAAUUGGAUAUAGAUUAUCUACCAGAUAAUUCACAGUAUUAUAACCAAUAUCGGAAACCAAGCCAAACACAAAUCAAGCAAGAAGAAAUAACAGAAACCACAGUGCCAAACGCAUGAUAAUCACUUAAGCUAAUUAACACAUCAAUAUGGAUGCGUACACCGUCAUAGGGCGCAUUGGAGAAGGUGCUCAUGGCGUUGUAGUCAGGGCGAAACACAACCUGACGGGGAAAACUGUGGCGCUGAAGAAAAUACCAUUGCGAAGGCUGGAUCAAGGGAUGCCAACGACAGCGCUGCGAGAAAUUAAAGCUCUGAGAGAGAUUAAUUCUCAGCAUGUGGUGCGCCUCCUGGACGUGUUCGCGGAGGGCGCCGGCUUUGUCCUGGUGUGUGAGUUGAUGCUGGGGGACCUCGGCGAGAUGAUUCGGGAUGCUGCCCGACCUUUGACCCCGGCUCAGGUCAAGUCGUACAUGACCAUGCUGCUGUCGGGCGUCGCAUUCCUGCACCGUCAUCAUAUCAUGCACAGGCAGCAUUUUGUAAGGUUCCUCCAGCCACACCCACAGUGUCAUCUCCAUAUCCCCAUUUCCCUUGUGGGUCCUCUCCUCUCCAUGAUCCAGUUGUACAGUUUGUGUUCCCUGCCUCUUAGUGACUGUAUUGUCUUGUGGAAUUGUAUCAACUGCACAAAAGAUGCAAAAAACAUCUUCCCAAUAAUUAUGAUUCUGGCAUCUGACUCCAAGAUUUUCUUCAUGAAUUUUACUGUUACAAUUCCUCUGGAGAAAAGGUUAACGACUUUCAUUACAGCCAAUCUAGCUAGCAACAGGAUCAUUAUAGAGUGGAUGGCCAGGUUCAAAUUCAUGCCAUUUCUUGUAGCCAACCUGGAAUUGGAAGAAAAGAUUUCGGAGUUUGAGUAUUUCUUUGUGUUUUCAUCAACCCCUCCAUUCGAGAUGAGAUAUAAUUUGCCGUCAUUUUUAAAGUCUUUUUUUUUUUUUCCUUGUUUUCAGGUUCUCCCCGAUGCUUCGCCUGACGCCAUGGAUCUCAUCAAAAAGUUUCUGAUAUAUUCAACGGACAAGAGGAUAUCUGCCAAAAAGGCGCUGCUCCACACCUACUUCUUCACGGCUCCCCUGGCGACCCCCGUGAGCCAGAUGCCCCUGCCACGCUCCGAGAAGAGGCCCCCCCCUGCCACACAGGAUUACGUCACGGAUUUCCCCAUUCACCACGUUUCGGACGCCAUUCGGGACCAUCUCGAGACGCUGUACAUGAAGGGGUGAAGGAUGGGGGGGAGAUGCUGGG